AUGCCACCUCCUAGGACAAGAGCGGAGGUCCAGGCCCAGAAACAAAAGGAAAAGCUUGCCCAAUCAUACAAUGCAUUGCUAGAGGAGUUUUCGUCGAAAGACCUCCGCACCGUAGGAAAUUAUACUCUUGGGAGGUUGAUUGGAAAGGGUUCCUUCGGCAAAGUAUAUCUUGCCUCACACAAACUUACCAAUGGCUCCAAGGUCGUACUCAAGUCUUCAAGCAAAGAAGACAGGAAUCUGGCACGCGAGAUUCAUCACCACCGCCAGUUCCUUCAUCCCCAUAUUGCCCGUCUUUACGAAGUCAUUGUGACGGAAAAGCUAGUUUGGCUUGUACUCGAGUAUUGCCCAGGCGACGAACUCUACAACUACCUCCUUCGACACGGUCCGUUGUCUAUAGACAAGGUCAAGAGCAUUUUUACACAACUUGUGGGGGCCGUUGCGUAUGUUCAUAGCAAAUCAUGCGUUCAUCGGGACCUAAAGCUAGAGAACAUCCUACUCGACAAGCACGAGAACGUCAAGCUUUGUGAUUUUGGGUUUACUCGGGAAUAUGAGGGCAAGGCAAGCUACUUGCAGACAUUCUGUGGGACAGUGUGCUAUAGCGCACCCGAAAUGUUAAAGGGUGAAAAAUAUGCGGGCGAGAAGGUGGAUGUGUGGAGCUUGGGUAUCAUUCUGUACGCCUUGCUCGCAGGGGAAUUGCCAUUCGACGAGGAUGAUGAUCAAGUAACAAAGGCCCGAAUCCUUGCCGAAGAACCGGUUUUCAACGAUAGAUUUCCCGAUGAUGCCAAAGCCCUCAUCAAUCUUCUGCUGUCAAAACGCCCCCUCAUCCGGCCCAGCUUGGACGAGAUCCUCGCCCAUCCAUUUCUUGCGGAGCAUGCCUCGGAACAACUGGCGAUACUCAAAAUCCCUCGCCCAUCCGCUUUUUCGACGCCUCUAGAGAGAACCACGCUGCAACGCAUGAAAAGCGCGGGGGUCAACAUCGACGAGGUUGUCGAAAGUGUUCUCUCUCAGCGGUGCGAUUCGCUCGCUGGAUGGUGGGCAUUACUGAUAGAAAAGGAACAACGAAAAGAACAGAAGAGGGAGCGUAAACGACGUGAGCGCGAAGCGGAGGCCAAGAAUAUUCGCCGCUUGAGUGCAGCAAGUAGCCGGUUGGAGAAAAUCUCGGCCGCCCUCAUCGAAGUCGAUGAAGAGGGACACGCCUCAGAUGCUCCCCUCCAUGAGCGAGGCCGGAGAGAUCGGCGAAGCCUUCCCUCUCAACUUGCCGUUCCAGAGCUGCCAAUGCUUCCCGAGCCGUCUCCCCUGCAGUCUCCGGAUUCUAGUACACCCCCGCCCCCUGUUGACAAAGAUUCCAUUCGCUCUGCCAGCUCUACCCGACAGCGUCCCCCGCCACCUCCGAAGGACCAAGCACGACGGCCAAGCACGUUGCAUGUGAGCGCAUCGCAGCCUGAACUAGCACAGCAUAAUAAUGGCAUCUUCAAGCGCCGUCCCGGCCGCCGCCAGUAUCCGAUCAUAAGCCAGCUGGCCUCGUUGAAACACUGGUUUGUGGAGUCCGCAAAGAGAGCCAAGUCUCCCCAUGCUAAGGCAGUUGGCGGACAAGGAGGACAUCGCAAGUUUCUUUCAGAGAAGCUGAGUCCUGCAAAGGGUCAGGAUACCGGAAAGAAGCCUACUUCGUCAUCCGGUGUUACUGCGCACCCAGGCGACUUGUUGACGCCGACGCAAAUCAAGCGCUCAUCCAACGCUAGCAGUCUAGCCCCGAGCAGUGCCUCCUUUCCCAACAACCGCCAUUCAUUCCCUCGCCAACAUCGUCCCUUGAGUACUAGUCAGAACCACCGGAAUUCUUUAUCGCCGUCUCCAAUCACUCCAAGAGGUUCAUACCGGCGAUCUUCCGCAGGUUUACGUGGUCGCAAGUCCACUUCGUCUUCUGUUUCCUCCAUCCGCAGCAUCCAUCAUACUCAUACUCAUUCUAAAGCCUCGUCCGUUUCAUCGAAUAGUAUUGGAUCCGCGUCUACUCCGACGGGUCGAAUUUCAAAAUCCCCACAUCCGUCGGUGAAAGUCCUCCCCACAACACCAAGUGCCUCUGCUCGGUUUCCUAGCAACAUUCGUCUAGUACGUGGUACACACAACGGAUUUCGUGACGUCGAUGACCGGAAUGGAAGGAUCAAUAACAUGUUCAACGAAGCAGCCCCGGCUCCUCUGCUCUACUCUCCUUCAUCCAGUCUUGUUUUUGCCCGUCGUAAAAGAUCUGCUUUCAAGGGGCCGAUGAUCCACACUGCCAAUCUUAUGGUGUCGAGUAUAGCGGGCACAGAGUAUCCCAAUGGUGAUGCUGGUGUGGGAGGCCCCGCGGUGGCGCGGCCUGGAGCACGAAAAAGCCAGAUUAUCGAAGAAGAGGAAGACAUGGAGGAGGAAGAUAUCGAGGAGGUGGACACAUUCGAAGGCAUGGAGGAAGGUCCCGGCUCACCAGUCGACUCCACGAGUUCGGAAGACCAUAUGGUGGGCUCCUCCCUCGGGCAGACCCGCAAACCGACAUUAGCUCCUGCUGCAGAACUCGACUCACCUCCCAAUUCAUCCUAG